GUAGAAGGGAAACAAAUAGUAUUUUUAUUAUUUUAUCGUUUCCCUUCUACGUGACUUUAUCGAAAGAACCAAGUAUAUUUGUGAUAGAUUUUUAAGUGUUUGUCUUGACGCUGAAAUAUGCACAGCAUGUAUUCUAUGUUCAGCACGUGCACAUGUGUGAACCAGGUUUUAAAAAAUCAUUUGUUAUACACUUCGAUAUGCGUAUGUAGUGUUUAUUUGUCAAUGUUAAUAAUUGGACAAAUGCCCUUUUAAAAAAUAUAUCUCCUGUGGAGUGAUAUGUGACAACUGCACAUACUCUUGUGUCUUAAUUUUUUGCGUGUGAUCCUUGACAUUUUGUGAGACUGAAAUCGGCAUUAAUAUGUUGGGUUCUGUCUUUGUAUCCAACAUACCAAAAUCAAGAAACUACUUUGUAAAGUAUUUAACGAAAUGUAUAUUUUUGAAUAUAGUAUUGAAUAAGAUGCAAAAGAUCGUAGCUCGGACUAAUUCUGAUCCCAGGUGGUUUUAUAGGAAAAAGUACUAAUAUUUUUCGAGGUGUGUAUGGUAUCUGUUAACUAUUGUACAGUAUUAAAACAACAGAUCUGCUUGUUGGAACUGAAACUAUUAGCCUUUCCCUAUUGUACCCGUUGCAGUAUUGGCUGUGCCACCGAUCGUAUUGCAGAUGGUAAUGUGCGGCACAUACAGGCUUCAAUAAACUUUAUAUCCCAUUGUAAGUGCGUGCAAUUAAGUUCCCAUUCAUGUUUUUACUAUAGAGUUCAGUCCUAAUACAACAUGUUUCAAGAGGCCACUUUUAUUUUCAAAUACACUUUUUGAAGUCACAAAAACAUGUAGAAUUUAUAUGAUGUAAAAUAUAAUGAUGUUACCACAAAGUGUGUCUUAAUUAACCUAUGUUGCUGUUAUGUCUAUAAUAAAUCGCACUUGGAACCUGCAUGCAGUGGGUUUAUACAAAUUUCCUCACUUAGAAUUCGCAUUUUUUGAUGAUCAUUGUAUGCCUAAUUAAACUAUUGAUGUAUUCUUUAUUUUUACACCUGUGCAACAAGUGGAAAACGUUACCACUGGACAGUGUCACGGCCUCAGAAACUCCACAACCGAUGUAGUAAUUGAAAUCCCAACAAAUUGAAGGCAUCAUUUCACAUUGCUCUUUAAUAAUUGCAGCAAAGUGUAUAAUAAUAUUAUUGUUCAGUAUGCUUGCAAUUAUUCCACAAGGGUGCCUUAUUAAAGAUUGUUUCAGUCAACAUUCACACCUAGUUCUGAAAAGGGGGGUUGUGGAUAGAUGUAUUAACGUUAGACCAUAUUAUUUCGCACUGUUAAGUAGCCAACCGUGCUAAUGGCUCUGAAACAUUUGAAGUAAUUUUAAUGCACCACAAACUAUUUUUUUCCCAACAGAAACCCAGAUCUCCCCAUUGUUGACCUCACAUUUAAUGUUCCCAGCCUAUACACAGCCAUUUUCACUCUUUGCAGAAAUGAAGUUUGUGUAUUCAUCGGAAAUCACGUCUAUUUAACACUGUCCUGUUCCUGAGUCUCUGGAACUGGUUUUGGUCUCCCGUGUGUCUGCAUCUCUCAUUUUUGGUCGGAUUAAAAUCUCCUGCCAAUCACUGGAUUGAUUGGCACGCUGAGGUGAGUGGUGAGUGUGGUAGGUGUGCAUUUGUGUUUACUGUGCAUAUGUGAGUGUGGUGGGUGCAUUUAUGAGAUUCAAAAUAAUGCAUGGAUUUGCCAGUUAAAAAUAAUUCGCAAACAAUUACCUUGUGGCAAGAUCCAACGCAGAAGCUCCCUGGGUAUGAUCUUCGAAUCUCAUGGUCCACCCUAAAUCGCAUCCGCACAAAUCAUGGCAAAUAUGUGCGGAUAACUGAUGCACAAAUGGAAAAGUAAAAAAAAACUUUCCGGUAGUGUGCGCCUGUGGUCAUCCAGAACAGACCGUAACAACGUAUAAAUGACGCAAUGCCCCGAUCCACAAGUACGAAGGAGACACCCACAUCACAGCGAUACACUCUGGCUUGACCACCCGAAUGUGAAAUUGUAGUUGCCUCGCAUCUGCAUCAGCAGCCGCGGGAAAGACGAAGAAAUUGGACGCCAGAGAGCGCUAGGGAGCCGCGUUCUAAUCUCUCGCCGUGGUUGUCGGUGCGGACGAACGCGUGUCGUGUAAUUCUGUUGCUAAAACUGCUCCCCACGCACGCUGGACGACGUCUGCGUCUCGUUGACGCAGCCCCCCGGGACACGGUGAAAAGUCGGCACAAGUCUGCGCCGUACACGCCCCAGCGCCCGUCAACGGGACGUGUUGCGCCCCUGGGUGAGCUCGUCCUAGAACGGCCAGUGGCGCUAGGCAAGAGCGUAGGCCUCGAACAGCCCGCGUAGGCCGCAGCAAUAUUAACGUCUUUAGUGUAUGGAGAUGACAUUACGAUUGCCGUAUUUUCUUCGUGCUCAGCUGUAUUAGUGGUUACUUACAAAAAUACACGUUGUAUAAACAGUAAUAUGUCUAAUGCCCUUUUAUUUACAUUACUGGAGUGCAACUGAAAUGCGAUAAGGGCUUGGUAAGAUACUAUUUUAAACCAGAGGCACCUUUCACAAUUCACUGGCUGUAGCAUCAACUUUAACCACCAGUCAUUUAUCGUCAUAAUGCCACGCAUUGCCUUGUGGCAGUUGUGUCCAUUGGUAUCACCCGAGCCCUGCAAGCUCAGCAGGGUGCAUCUCAACCCAGCCAGCAUUUAGGAUACGUUUCUGGUUUGCAACUAAAAUUUGGAUUAUUGUUUUUUUGUUUGCAAGAGAGAGAAAGCCACGUAAUGAAGGCACUGUUGGCGUAUGGUGACUCCGAUUCGGACGCAGAGGAAUGUGAUAUUGGUGAGUGUGGUAGGACAUCAAAGCCUGGGCAGAAGGCGUCAUCAAGUCUUCAAGUCAUUGCUGAGAGUACAUCCCACGGCGUUGUGGGUAUCAUUGGCACUAAAAGUGGAACUGCCAGCAGCAACAGCAGCAGCAGCUGGUUGGGACUGAACUCUCUCAGCACUGUGAACACCUGGGCACAGCACAUUGACGCACCCAAGCCCUGGACCUCAUCUCCGACUCCUUGGCCACUUUUUGCACAAAAGCAGGCAACUGCUGAACAGAGAGCCCAUGGGUUGGAGCACUCCCCCAAGGGGAAAACCACGCAUGCCGCCCCUCGCAGGCCAUACGUGCCAAAGAGACAAAGGCUCAGCGAUCAGGACACGCGGCCACCUGAAUCGCCUUCGCGUGGAGCCUCGCCACUUUUCGGGGCAAUUCGACCAUACGUGUCUAAAAGACAGAGGCUUGGAGAUGCUGGUGACGCAGCAGACCGUGGGGGAGCUUCUGAAGAUGGAAACGCCGCCGCCGCCGGCGGUGGUGGUGGUGCUGGUGGUAUUGGUAUGGGCCAGGGUGGGAUCGGUGGAAUUGACGGAGGACGAGCCCAAACGACGAGCGGUGGUGGUGCAGCCGACCACAGCGCACUCAUCAGGGGCAUCUCGCCAGUGGUUGCCCCUUACCUGGACUGCAAGUACUCGGGCACGCAGUUGACAAGCCGGGUCUACCUGGAGCUGGCCGGCCACGGUGGUGCGGUGAACGCCCUUCGUUGGUGCCCUGUGCGGACCCAGAGCCACCUGCUGCUGACCGCCUCCAUGGACAAAACUGUUAAGGUGUGGGAUGGUGUGGGUCAUGGGCUUUGCGUGCAGACCCUGCGGCACCACACUGCGGCGGUGCGCUCUGCACUCUGGAUGCCGUGCGGGGGCCGUGUCCUCACCGGCGGGUUUGACUCUGCCACCUGCCUGAGCGACGUGGAGACUGGUCAGGUGAUGGCCAGGAUUGACCAUGGCUCGCAAAUCAUGUGUUUGGCCUUGCACCCCUGCCAGCCGAACCUGUUUAUCUCAGGAGGCUUCAGCUCUGCAGCAAAAGCCUGGGACUUAAGGACCUGCAAGGCACUGCGCGAGUUCCGCGCGCCCUGCCAGCAGGUGCUGGCCAUGCUGUUCCUGCGCGGAGGCGACGAGUUCAUCUCCAGCACGGACGCUGUCAGCCGCGACUCGCCCGACCGUACGCUCCUCGCCUGGGACCUCGGCACAGGCGCGCGCAUCUCUAACCAGAUCUUCCACGAAAGGUACACGUGUCCCAGCCUCUGCCUCCACCCGCGCGAGCCGGUGUUUGCGGCGCAAACCAACGGCAACUACAUCGCGGUGUUUUCCGCGCAGCGACCGUACAGCAUGGACAAGAAGAAGCGCUUCGAGGGCCACACGGUGGAGGGCUACGGCGUGGCGUGCGAGUUCUCUCGCGAUGGCUCCCUGCUGGGCACGGGCAGCGCCGACGGUUCCGCUCGCUUCUACUGCCCACGCUCGGGGCGCCUGCUGGCGUCGCUGGCGGCGCACGCCGGCGGGCCUUGCCUGAGCGCCACUUUCCACCCCGUGCUGCCCCGCACGCUCGCCACCGCCGGUUGGGAUGGCGGUGUUCGCGUCUGGAACUGAGACGGUGGGGAGAGAGAGGGAGGGAGGCGGCCGGACGGACAGAUGGCGGUGCAGCGGUGAAUUCUUUAUUUAUUUGUUUGUUUUUAUCCAUGCGGAGCGCUGGCUGAGUGUUGUCCUCUUGCGAGGACUGUGGGGUUUUUUUCCGGCCACUACAAGUUCAUCCUGUCUGCGGAAUUGGCCGAACAUCCCAAUGCAGAACCCGACCUGAAGGAGAGUCCUGAGCCUCCGUGAGGCUGUUCUGGAUAAAGAAUUUGACACCUGUGACGUUCUGAAGCUAGUAGGAUGCUCUGCCAUUGUACUACCCAACGAGAUUUAAUUUACAGCUCUGACACCAAAUGCCUCUGUUAGCAAAUAUACAAUUGGCAACUUUCAGACAUUCCACCAGUUAGAGGUGUUUUCGUUUACAUUUGUGUGGGGACAUCACGCCCGAUUAAUUCAACCAUUUUUUUUUAAUGGCUCCAAAGCUGAAACAAACAAAACACAGGAUUCAUGCCAACGAAGCGUCACAUUUAAUAUGCAUCGUGCGCGAUGCCUUGAAAAGAAUGGGCGAAGGUGCAGACCUGCAAUUUAUUUCUCAAUCCACCGCUGUUGGAAGAGCCUCCACCAGAGGGAGCUCUGGUGGAGCUCCUUCUCGUUGGGUAUUUUUGGCCUUCUGUGCCAUGCUGCUGGAAGAGGUGGAAAGUGCCCGCACGGAUAAAGGCGGAACGGUGACGGCGCAUACUAACGGGGCAUGAAAGUGAUGAUGAGCAAUCUGAGAUCCUUACGUUCACGAUUUCCCGACUUUGUUGGAUUUCAGAAGUAAUCCUGUUAAUGAUGUUAGCAAGCGAUAUCUGAUCAAGUGUCUACAAGUGAAAUGCAAUCUUACAUGUUGCCAAUUUCAUGAAUAAACGUAUUUAACUCAU